GAGAUGGACACUUCGAGGUCAUUGCCAAACAGGACAGGCGUCGCACUGAAGACCCGGCGCUUCAAUGGCCGGACAGAGCCGGGGCUAUUGGCGUGGGAAUGUCUGGCACGUGACGUGCCCUUUGCCCAUGCGAGGAAACCCUCUGCCCAGGCCAGAAUUUAAUUUCCUGAUUUAUUCGCCCCCUCUCUCCUUUUCUUCAACUACCAUCAUCACACACACUUCCCCCACUUGCCACCCUUAUCUCGCUUUAUCCCCCACCUACUUCCACUUAUCAACAAUGGCCACAACCCAGUCGCGUGAGGACUCUGUCUACCUCGCUAAGCUCGCUGAGCAGGCCGAGCGUUAUGAAGAGAUGGUUGAGAACAUGAAGCGUGUCGCUUCUUCCGACCAAGAACUCACCGUUGAGGAACGUAAUCUUCUCUCAGUUGCCUACAAGAAUGUCAUUGGUGCACGCCGUGCGUCAUGGAGAAUUGUCUCCUCCAUCGAGCAGAAGGAGGAGUCUAAGGGUAACGAGGCCCAGGUCCAGAUGAUCAAGGGCUACCGGGAGAAGAUCGAGAGUGAGCUCGCCAAGAUCUGCGAGGACAUCCUCGACGUUCUUGACAAGCACCUCAUCCCCUCCGCUGCUUCCGGCGAGUCAAAGGUCUUCUACCACAAGAUGAUGGGCGAUUACCACCGUUAUCUAGCGGAGUUUGCCACUGGUGACAAGAGGAAAGAUAGUGCCGACAAGUCCCUUGAGGCCUACAAGGCUGCUUCCGAUGUUGCUGUGACCGAGCUCCCUCCCACUCACCCCAUCCGUCUCGGUCUCGCACUCAACUUCUCUGUCUUCUACUACGAGAUCCUCAACAGCCCCGACCGUGCUUGCCAUCUUGCCAAGCAGGCGUUCGAUGAUGCCAUUGCUGAACUCGACACGCUAUCAGAAGAGAGCUACAAGGACUCGACCCUUAUCAUGCAAUUGCUCCGUGACAACUUGACUCUCUGGACCUCAGACAUGCAAGAAUCUGACAAGCCUGCGGACAAGGAUGAGGCUGGCGAGGCUCCCGCAGACGAGGCUGCAUAAAUUACCUUGUAGUUCAUGUCAUUGUCGGAUUGAUAGGUUCGACCUAGAACCGUCUUUCUUUUAUCGACUCCGACAUUUUCUGUGUCGCCUUUCCUCUGCUCAUUCGUCACGUUCAUUUUCUGCGCGUCUCUUUGCAUCUCGUAUCAUAUCGCAUUCAAUCGGCAUAGUUUCUCUCUUAUUACUCGCUACUACUCUCCCUCUUGUCUCGUUUCAAAGUGGUUUGAAUGAAGUUAUCACAAAUCAUAGAGAUGUCUGAGCUUUGUGUGAGAAUACCAUGUACUGCUGAGCCCAUGUUGUGUUAGUGUAUGCGUGCCAUUGAUUCUAAUACCACUGUUCACGAUUCUGAAGAUGCUGUC